AUGAAUGAAGGCAUUCUAGAACAAGGUAUGAAUGAUACUCUUAUCACACUCAUUCCCAAAAUUGAGAACCCAACAAAUGCGAGCCACUUCCGCCAUAUCAGUCUCUGCAACGUGAUCUACAAGAUAAUUACAAAGACGUUGACAAACCGCAUCAAACCUAUCCUCCAAAAGCUUAUUGGCCCUGAACAAAGUAGUUUUGUUCCGGGACGGCAAAUUUUAGACAAUAUCCUAGUGUACCAAGAAAUGCUCCAUUCUAUGCGUCUGAAACAAGGGAACAGUGGUUAUAUGAUGCUGAAAAUUGACCUUGAAAAAACCUACGAUAGGCUAGACUGGGGUUUCAUCCGGGACACUCUCAGCGACGUGGGAUUUAAUGAAAAAUGGACCAAAAAUAUUAUGUGUCGUGUGGAAUCCUCUACCCUGAAAAUCCUGUGGAAUGGGAAGCAGCUAGAUGAAAUCAUUCCCUCCCGGGGUAUCCGUCAAGGUGACUCGAUCUCGCCCUACAUUUUCGUGCUGUGCAUGGAACGCCUUAGUCACAUUAUCAAAAAUGAGAUGCAAAAAGGCAAUUGGAAAGGCGUCCGACCCUCCAGGUAUGGCCCCCAACUUUGUCAUUUAUUUUUCGCUGAUGAUCUGGUGUUUUUUGCAAAAGCUACACAGAACAGAUUGGGGUUAUCAAGAGGUGCCUCGACAAUUUUAGUAGGGCCUCGGGUCAACGUGUUAGCAUUAGCAAAUCGUAAAUCUUCUUCUCAAAGAAUAUUAGCACGGAGGAAGCAAGAAGACUCACUGACCUCGCAGGCAUGCCCUCAACUAGCAACAUGGAAAGGCAUUUGGGAAGCAAUCGAUAGGAAAAUCCGGAGAUUCAUUUGGGGUGGAACACCACAAAAGCGCAAGUGCCAUCUUGUUCGUUGGGAUGUUGUCACCUUGCCGAAAAACCAAGGAGGGCUUGGAAUUAGAACUACUAAAGAUGUUAAUUUAGCCAUCAUGGCUAAGUUAGGAUGGAGACUAAUGAAAGAAAGUGAAAGCCUUUGGGCAAAAGUUCUAAAAUCGAAGUAUGCUCAUGGCAAACAUAGGUUUGAGAUUUUUAAUGCAAAGAAAGGAAGUUCAAAUGCCUGGAGAAGAAUCAAUGCGGCUCUCCCCCUUGUCCAUCAAGAAAUGAGAUUCAUGGAUGCUGCAUGGGAGACACUAUGGAAGAUUAAAGUUCCAAGCAAAAUGAAGGACUUCCUUUGGCUUGCCAUGCAUGGCCAAGUUUUGGGAAAUGCCGAGAGGAAGAGAAGAGGAAUGACUGGAGACGGGAGAUGUAACAUCUGCCCUGAGCGCGAGGAAUCCAUGGAGCACAUCCUUAGAGACUGCAAACAAGCCAAAGAGGUUUGGAAGACCAUGUUGGGGCACGCGAGACUGAACGCCUGGAGCCAACCCUCUUGCAAGCAAGCACUGGAUUGUGGAAAAUAUCUCUGGGGAUUUCCAUGUUGA